AUGGCUCUCGUCAUUCUUUCCGGCCAUCAUCACUUUUGUGCCCGCAAGAUCAGCGGCAUCUGCGAUGUCGACGCCGACUUCGACGAUAAUGACGAGGAGGUAGAAGACCUCAUGAAACUGCAGUGCUUGUGCACCAACAAGACCUUUGACGUCGGGGGCGCCACGGCGCUUUGUGCAAGCUGCAUCGAUCAGAAGGGGUUGCCCAGUGACAAGGAUGACAACAUGGACGACAUCAACGAGAUCAUGGCCCGCUGUGGGUUCAAGAGCAUGGUGUGGACGCCAGAAGCUGCAAAGACGGCGCCUGCAGUCGCCAAUGCCAGUGUCAGCGCCUCAAGGCUGACGGCUUCGUACCAGCUCACGACAACGAUAGACUUUGCGCCACGACCGACCGGCGCGAAUUGCAGCAGACAGGAAGGAUAA